CACACUGGCCGUGUGUGUGCGAGAGCGAGCGAGAGCGCUGUCAGCCAUUUCCUUUCGUCGUUCGCCUCUUUCCGGUGCGUUGAAAGUUUCGCCGCUCGUUUUUCGUUUGCGGCUUGUUUUCCUUUUUUUGGCCCUUCAGUUGGCAGCGAGCAUUUCCUUAAGGCAAACGCGGCUCUGAUUUGCCCUCCGCGAGUGCUCUGUGUGUGCCAGGACUUCGAUUCGAUUUAGAUCCUUCGAAGGAGAACUCAAAAAAUCGCGUAACGCUUCCCAGCGUCGAUCAUGGCUCUGGUGGCCCACAGGAUGAUGCUGCCCUCGCGGCACCGUCGCACCACUCAGCAGGUGGCCCGCAACAAGGUGGGCGUCCUGCUGGUGCCCAGCGUGGCGGACUACUACAGCGGCGAUGUGGUCCCGCCCGCGGCCACGCCCCUGCCCACGCCAGCGGUCUCGCAGCUGAACCUGCACCCGGAUCCGGCUGAAGCAGCCGUGGAUGGCAGCGGCAGCGGAAAAGUGAGUGCAACAAGUCGGUGCAACGUCCCAGAUUCAGUGUGCAGAAGCGUGGAAAAUGGAAAGUGGAAAACGGGAAUUCCAAUUGGGUGGUAGUCGCGCCCGCCCAUUUCCUGGCUGGCUGUCUGACUUUCCUUCGACUGGCGCCAACUUUAUGCCGCUAAGUUUUGUUGUUCUUGGUCAUGGUUGGGAUUAGGAAUGUUGACUCUCUAUAUUAUGUAUACGACGUGUGUCUGUGGCGAAUAUAUAAGUGUGUGAGUGUCUGUCAAAUACAAAUUUAAAUACACACAG